UUUAAGGAAUUAAGUUCAAUCAAAAACGAUUUAAGUAACAGAAAAAUCAUUAUGAUUUUAAUUGCAAUUAUUUUAGUAAAGUUAUCUUUAGCAAUUGCGCAAAUGCCAUCUUUAAGUGGUCUUAAUUAUUCCUCACUUUCCAACUACACGCUUUUUCCAAAGGGACUUCCUGGAGAGAACCAAGAAUAUGAUUUUAUAAUUAUUGGAGGCGGUUCUGCAGGGUCGGUAAUAGCAAAUCGUUUAUCAGAAGUAGGACAUUGGAAAAUAUUAUUAAUUGAAGCGGGCGGCCUAGAAAACUUUUUUACGGAUAUUCCAGCUGCAUGUACAUUAUUACAAUUAACAGAAUUUGAUUGGCAAUAUAAAAUGGAAAAAUUGCCUGAGGUUUGUAUGGCAAUGGAAAAUCAACAAUGCCUUUGGCCCCGUGGCAAGGUUUUGGGAGGAUCAAGUGUUAUUAAUUAUAUGAUGUACACUCGAGGAAAUAAGUACGAUUUUGAACGUUGGGAGAAAGAAGGCAAUCCAGGAUGGUUAUGGAAAGACGUACUUCCGUAUUACAUAAAAUCAGAGAAAGCAAAUCUGAAACACGCUGAUCCAGGUGCCCAUGGGAUUUUCGGUUAUUUAAGCGUUGAAGACGUACCAUAUCAGACUCCAUUAGUAAAUGCAUUCUUAGAGGCUGGACGUGAAACUGGUCGAAAAAUUAUCGAUUAUAACGGAGACUCGCAAUGGGGAUUUUCACAAAUACAAGGAACAAUUCGAAGUGGAAAACGAUGUAGUGCAGCCAAAGCGUUUUUAGAACCAAUAAUACUACGUCCUAAUUUAAAAAUUUUAAUUAAAAAUCUGGUCACUAAGAUCUUAAUCGAUCCUAAAACGAAAACUGCAUAUGGGGUAGAAUUUGAAGAUGAAUUUAAACUAAAACAUACAGCAUUAGCAAAAAAGGAAGUAAUUUUAUCAGCUGGAGUAAUCGGAUCACCACAAUUGUUAAUUUUAUCCGGAGUGGGUCCAAAAAAUCAUUUAAUUGAGUUAGAUAUACCUGUGAUUCAAGAUUUACAAGUUGGACAAAAUUUACAUGAUCAUUUAUGUUUUGUGGGUCUAACUUUCUUAAUUAACGAAACCGCUUCGUAUACGCUAACCAAAUUUUUGCAAUUGUCAUCGUUUAUUCAAUAUUUCAGUGGAAAGGGGCCAUUAACGACUUUGGGUGGAGUUGAAGCUUUGGGUUUUAUUAAAACGAAUGUUUCAAAAGAUCCACGUAUUGAUUUUCCCGAUGUUGAACUGGUAUUCGUUGCAGGUUCACUUAGUUCCGAUGCAGGUGUAACCUUUCGUAAAGGUUUUGGUAUUUCAAAAGAAUUUUACAAAGAAUAUUUCGAGCCAAUAAGUCAACGGGAAAGUUGGUCGAUAUUUCCAGUGUUACUACAUCCAAAAUCAACUGGUUAUCUAAGACUUAGAUCCAAAAAUAUAUCCGAUCAUCCAAUUUUACAUGGCAACUAUUAUACGGACCCAGAACAACACGAUGUUCGUACAAUGGUCGCAGCAGUUAAAGAAAUAAUUCGAUUAUCUGAAACAAAAGCGUUCCAACGUUUUGGAUCCAAAUUAUAUGAUACUCCAUUUCCGACAUGCAAAUCUUUAAAAUUCGGUACGGACGAAUAUUGGGAAUGUUGUGUUCGAUCCCUAGCACCUACGUUACAUCAUCAAGUUGGAACAUGUAAAAUGGGACCUCGUAACGAUUCAACUGCAGUUGUGGGAUCACAAUUUCGAGUUCAUGGUAUUAAAAACUUGCGUGUAGCUGAUUCGAGUACUAUUCCAUUUGCAUUGAGCGCACAUACAAAUGCUCCAGCUAUGAUGAUUGGAGAACGCGUAUCUGAUUUUAUUAAAAACCAUUUUAAGAAUGAGACUAUGGGAUGGCCUUGGUUAUAAAAAAUAAAUAAUUCAAAAAAUAAAAAACCCGACUAUGUUCAAUAAAAUCUGAAAAGAAAGGAAGUUCAGUAGUUAUUACAUAACGACUUUAACAGUCGGGUCUCAUUAAAAUCUAGACCGACUCAAAUUUUCUCAAUAAU